CCGGUUCAGUGAAAACUCGUUAUUUCCAGGCUGUCUUUGGAGCUGAAGAUUGCUUUAAAUUGUCCAGUCAGACAUAAGCAGAACUCGUGAAAUGGCCGCCAUCGUCGCACCAACAUCCCAGACAUGUCCGGCUUCGCUGCCCCCUUCUGUGUUCACCCUGCCCCAGACCGCCCAGCUGGAGGCUCUGUUCACGAUCAUACGCGACAAGGACACGCCGCGGGGCGAGUUUCUGUUCUACUCAGAUCGCAUCAUCCGGCUGCUGGUGGAGGAGGGCCUGAACCACCUGCCGGUCAUCCCGAAGACCGUGCAAACCCCUACCGGUGCGACGUACGAGGGCGUUGGGUUUGAGGGGAAGAUAUGCGGUGUGUCGAUCUUGCGAGCCGGCGAGGCGAUGGAGGCGGGCUUACGAGAAGUCUGCCGCAGUGUCCGCAUCGGCAAGAUCUUGAUUCAAAGGGACGAGGAGACAACACAACCAAAACUGUUUUAUUCAAAGUUCCCCCAAGACAUCGCAUCGCGCUAUGUCCUGCUGCUCGAUCCAAUGCUCGCCACCGGAGGAUCUGCGAUCAAGGCCGUUGAAGUGCUGAAAGAACACGGUGUCCCCGAAGAGAGAAUCAUAUUCAUCAACUUGAUCUCGGCACCCGAAGGUCUCAGAAACUUCUGCUCGAAAUUCCCGCAAACCAGAGUGAUUACUGGCUGGAUCGAUAAGGGCCUCAACGAGAAGGCCUACAUCAUCCCAGGGCUCGGUGACUUUGGCGAGAGACGGUAUUGCGAGUAAGUCGGGGCUCGUCGAGUUUCUUCAUGGGAAUGGGAUAGUUCGCCUUUGGAUCUCUCUGCAAACACAUCAUCUAUUCUGUCAUCGCAUGUCGCAUGUCAACUGUAAACCGGCCUAUCUACCAUUGGGCUUCUCAUUCAAUUGCAUCGUUGGACCUCGGGCUUGCCGGAAUUCAAAGAUGCAGCUACA